UUUUGGUGUUCAUCAUAGGUGAAAAAAAACAGAGCCGCGGGAUGAAACGUGUUGCAUUGUGAGGUUGAGCAGCUGGCUUUGUUGAUGCCCAACGUUCUGGGUUGUCAUAAUGUAAUGGAAUAAUCCGCACUGCAUGCGUAGGAGAGCUCCUGCCAGGAUUUCGGCUCAAAAGCGAAGCGACAUCUGCGAAAACACAGUUCGUUCUGACGCGCGGGGAGGAAACGCAUCGCUUUUUACGCACAGCGCGAGCGCCGAUUCAGGCUCGAACCCAAACGGUUUUGCGCUGGAUUCGUGUGCAAUUACCACUUUUGCUCCUGUUAAAGCUUGACCAACACUUAAUCAACUAUUUGAACUCCGCAGGUUUCUCAUUUUGGUCGCGCGUAAAACCACUCCAGUUUUGCGGAUUACAAGAUGGAAAACUUCUCAUUUCCAGAGCUGAACCACACUUUGGGGAUUUGGUCGGACUACAGCAUGCAGUACAAAGUUGUAAGCAGUUUGUUGCUUUUUGUGAUCUGCGCUUCGGGCAUCGUUGGAAACAUCAUGGUCAUCCUGGUGGUUCUCACCACCAAACACAUGAGGACUCCGACCAACUGCUACCUGGUCAGUCUGGCUGUGGCUGACCUGAUGGUACUUACGGCCGCUGGUCUGCCGGCCAUCACGGACAGCAUCUUUGCAACUUGGGUGUUUGGCCGCUAUGGGUGUCUCUGUAUCACCUACUUCCAGUACCUCGGGAUCAACGCCUCCUCCUGCUCCAUCACAGCCUUCACCAUUGAGAGGUACAUUGCCAUCUGCCACCCGAUUAAAGCCCAAUUUCUGUGCACCUUGUCCAGAGCAAAGAAGAUCAUCUUGUUUGUUUGGGCUUUCACUUCGAUUUACUGCGUAAUGUGGUUCUACCUGUCAGACAUCCAGGAGCUGGUGUACGACAACAUCACCAUCAUCACCUGCGGCUACAGGGUCCCCAGAAAAUUUUAUUUGCCCGUGUAUUUUUUCGACUUUGGCGUCUUUUUUGUGCUGCCGCUGCUGCUCUCCGCAGUCCUGUACGGACUUAUUGCCAGAAUUCUUUUUCUCAACCCGCUUCCCUCUGAACCCAAAACGAAGAAGAAGAACGGAGCAAACAACCCGAAGGCGAGCUGCAAGAACUCCCGUCACUCCAGCUCCACCUCAACGUCGCGCAGACAGGUAACCAAGAUGCUGGCAGUGGUGGUGAUCCUGUUCGCCGUGCUCUGGAUGCCCUACCGCACUCUAGUGGUGGUAAACUCCUUCUUGGACCAGGCUUACUUGGACAGCUGGUUCCUGCUUUUCUGCAGGAUAUGCAUCUACCUCAACAGCGCCAUCAACCCGGUCAUCUACAACGCCAUGUCUCAGAAGUUUCGUGCAGCUUUCCAGAAGAUCUGCAGCUGCGGGGCGAAGGGUUCAGACAAGCCUGCUGCCUACAGCGUGGCUCUCACCUACAACGUUGUCAAAGACACCUCGCUGGUGGAAAGCACCGACCACUUCUCCACAGAACUGGAGGAUCUUACAGUGACGGACGAGCUGCUGUCAGAUCAGAAGAGGAUGUUCUCCGACCCCGGUGCUUAUGGGAAGACGAAUUCCAGUGAAGCCUGAGGUCAGUUUAAGGUCAGGCAGGAGGUUCUGUGGCCCAACUGAGAAUUAAAUACUUUCAAAGUGUUGCCUAAUGGAGUCUCUUAAGUGGGAAAUUCUGUUUGCUGAGUGCCUGCUGACCUUUCAAAGCCACACUGAUGCUGUUCUCAGAAGGCAAAGAUGGUGAUGGAUACGUUUAAGUACUGACUUAGCCCAGAAUGACCCUGGACUGUGUAAAGCCACAAAAAAUGUCAUCACCCAUGUCUUUUGUUAGACAUUCACACAAUGUAACUGUGAACAAAACACCUUCACCGUUAAAAAUAUAUCGCAACGCAAAUGAAAACUCUUGUUUCUUCAAACUGAAAAAUGUCCAGGCAUGCUGGUAACCCCACGGGGAUAGAUGGCUGACCGAAAAGAACCAAAAACUUUAGACGUCCUGCAGGAUGGUUCACAGAUGCCAAAGACAAAACUCCAUUAUCUUAGAUUUUUUUCAACCAAAAUCUUGAUCAUCUGUUGCCGUGACGACCGGAGGCAUCACUGCUCCUCCUGAAGUUUUCAGCAUGAACGGUUUACUUUGUAAUGACUCACACAUGAACAUUCACUGAGGGAAUCCUGUUCUUCACCGUGGGGAACAUGAGGAAGGAAUUCAGCUGAACUGAGCUGUGGGAUAUUGAGGCAUUUACAGUGAUGUACACCAAUGUUUUCAUUCAUUUGAGAGGAAAAAUUCUCAUGACAACAGCACACACGUAACUUUGUAACUUAGAGGGUUGGGUUAUGAUUCUGUGACAAGCAUUGAUGGAGUCCGUUUGUGGAGACAGAACUAUGGGUUCUUCUAGUUUUAGGCGUAUUCUACAGCUUAGUAAUGUAUUGAACCGUUGACUGUAUUAAGAAACUGGACUGAGUAGCUCCUCCCACUUCACGUUCCAAAUUGGAAAUGCCUGCCGGUUCCAAGAAGGAAAAAUCCAAUAAAAUUUAAUAGAGAAAUAAACAGCUAUUACUCAGUCAUUGCGUUUGUCAGAAAAAAACUUUCUUACUCUGAUAUCUUUUUUUUUCACGAUUUUUAUUCAAGUUCUAAACUGACCAAUCAAAAGUAUGUGGUCUCACAUCAAAUAUUCAAAACGUUUGAUUGACAGAUUCUCCCAAGCGUGCUUUCAAGGGAUGAUGACUUCCAAAAUCCUGCCUUCUGAUUGGCUUGAGUGGUUGCCAUAGAAACUUUGACUCAAACCAACUUGGACCAAUCCCUGUUCACUGACAAUUCAUGGUUCCAAUAUGGCAACGACCAUAUCGCAAAAUAAAAAAUAAAAAAAAUGGCAACUAAAUUCACUUCGGUUGGACCGACUGGUUGGAGCCAAAAGUAAACCAUUUUCUAUGGAUGAUGUCACACUCGCUCUGUCCAGUUCUCACAUACAGUCAAUGGAUUAAACAUGGCGCACAACGUCUUUGUUUAUAGUCUUUUUUGUAUUGUUUGGAAUUUUUUUUGGAUUUUGGAAUUUGGAAUCGAUGUAGCCUGAAGAAGGCGUGCCAUGUUCAUGCUAAAAUUAGCUUGUUUCAUGAAAUAAUCUAAACAUGGCAGCAGCUGCUUAAGAUGCACAGAUCAUCAGGACAUUAUUUGCAGGAGAAGCAACACUAACAAGUAGACUGGUCACAGAGAUGGCUUUUGUCAGGCUGAUGAGUAAAGCUGCACAUGAGGAUACAGUAAGUCUAUCAGGGAGCACAGGAUUCCUACAAUAUAUACUUAUUUUGCUAUUAAAGAGGCUUUCUUCAUACAUUAUUUAAAUAAAAGUAAAAUAUAUAUAUAAAAUACAUAACUUUUAUGUAAAACCAUCAGGAAUGAUGCACGUAAUCGAUGCACAAAAGCUACAGCUGUAGGAGUUUGAUGUCAUGCUGCUGUUCCUGCACAUAAAUCUGUGUUUAAGGAAAAGUUUUAUAACAUACUCAUGAAGUGAUUGUCUCCAAUUAUUGUUUGCUUCACCAACACAAUGACUUGGAAAUCAGAUGCUCCAAAUUUAAUUCCUCUUGCUCUGUUUUUUUUUUUUUUCAAAAAACCUUGGAUUCGUGCAAUAACCAAAGACAGUUUUUAGUUUUUUGAGCAAAUCUUCCCAUUACUACUCUAAAUAAGUUUCCAUUUUAAGUAAACCAACCUUGGGAAAGUAUUAAAAUGCAGCACUAAAGUUUUUCCACAAAUGCCUUUUUAUUGAUGAAGAGCUUAAAAGGAGGCGCCAUGAAGGCUUGUUAUUAUAGGCUGAAGACCCAAAGUAGACUAGAAGGCUAAAAAUGAUUGCAUUGUGGGAUAUUUUCCAUGGUUUCAGAUGGAACGUAGGCUUAAGUAUACAUCAAGCAAUGAAAAACCAUCUGAAUGCGCUCAAAUGAUUUUCUCUUUUUCAUUUCUACAGCACUAUUUGACAGCAGCCAAAAAAAUAAAAACUGCAGUUUAGAUGUUUGUUUUUUUAUCCCUUUUUAGAGGUCACCACAACAAAUCACUAUGAUUUGGCUUCAGUUUUAGAGUGAAUGGCCUCCCUGACCCAACUCUCUGAUUUACCCAGGGUUUGGGCCGGUACAUGGAAACAAUAGAAGGCACUAGAAACGUGAAGCACCUUUAAGUCCCAGGUAGUCUCAGGUAGACCCAUCCAGGUCAAAGUCAGUCUCGCUACUGAGAUCAGGCAAGGUGGUGAAGAUGGAAAAAUAUCUGUUACUGUAAUUUGUUCCUAUUUUUUCCCAAUUUGAUGAAAUAAAACCAACAAAUAAAAAGUUUUAUUUUGUUUAUUUAACCAAAUGUGGGUAAAUUCUGUUAAAAUGUGCACAACAUGUUUUGUUUUGACUCUCCUGCAUUUUUCCGUACUAAAAAGCAAAAGAAAAUGCUCAAAACUUUAUUCUUUUGAAGAUUAUUCUUUAUACUUUUGAAGAUGUUAAAGUCCAGUUUAGCCAGAAGUGGGACGAUGUAUAUUGUUGACUGACGUCCGUCUGUAAAACCUGUUGUAUUUUCAACAUUUUAUUCGUCUAACUGAACGGAAACUAGAAUCUUUUCAUGGUGUUCGAGUUUGGUUUGCUUUUUUAUUUUUUUCAUUAUUAGAAAAUCUAAUAUAUGUUAACAAUUAUGACAACAUAACAAAGAAGAAAAAAAGAAGAAAAAUUGAUAAAAUGACUGAAAAAAAAAAAAAAAAAAAACUUGGAAUCAUAUCUUUAUUGUUAAAAAUGUGGGCGAGUUGCAGAUGAGGAGGAUGAUUUACAGCAGCGAUCCCUAAAGGGAGCAGCUAAAAAGAUACUGAGGACAAAUAAUGUUUUAUUUAAAUAUUUGAAACAUAUUUAUUUUAAAGCAAAUUUAAAAUGUUAGCUUUAAUCUGAAAAUGGCCAACUUAUUUUUUUCUAACCUCAUUGUCCUAAUUCAGGAUUAUAUAUUUAUAUAUGCAUACAUAAAAAUGUAAAGAAAGGAAGUUUUUAUUUUUUUAUUUAUUAGAAGAAGGUUAUCAGUUUGGGUAAUAUUGUAAAUCUAUCAGCAGGAUGUAAGUGAACCAGUGCAAAUAUUUAACCAGGAACUUCACUUGGUUUAUAUUAUGAAGCUGAUCCCACAGUUUCAUCUAUUUUCUGAAAAUAACUUUAGAGUUUAUAAAUGUAAAUAGUAAGUUUAACUACUUUUGAAAGCACACUUGGAUUAAUCUCUACUUAAAUUUUAAAGGAUAACAACCUCCCACACUAGAGUGGAACAUGGCAUAAAACUCACUAACCAGCAGCAAAAGAGAAUGAAGGCAAUCAGUAAAAAAUAAAUAAAUAAAAUAUAUAUUUUUUAAUUGUGAGAUUAAAAUCAGAAUCUCAAAAAUGUAUCAAACAUAAAGGUGACAUUUAGAGAAAGAAAUUGAAAUCCUGUCUCAAAAUUAUAAUUUUUUUGUCUCAUCUACAUUGGAGAACACUGUUUUUUUUACUUUGGUCACAAUUAUAGAAAUAAAGUCAACCUGAUAAGUAAAAAAAAUAGCUUAUUUCCAAAAUAAAAGUAUUUAAAAAUAAAUAAACUUUAACUUUAAGCUCUAAAUUCAAUCAUUAAAACUAUUUAUUUUUUGUUCUCAUCAUUUCAAGAUUAAAGAAAGAAUUCUGGAAGAACUCUGACUUUUAAUUUGAAGAAAUCUCUUGUUCUGACUUUUGUCUCGUGGCCUUAACAUACUGAUAAUCAUUACCGGUUACGAUCUUGCAUCCAAACAGUGGACUCGCUGCUCUGUAAAUAGCAGAACUCGCUGUUUGUACGGUUCCCACAGUGUUGUAAUUUUGCUGUACCCGAUGAGACAAAGUGAAUUCAGUGUUUUCUUGCUUCUGGAUUCUGUGACAUGUGAAACUAAUGAACCCAUGCUUUGCUCAUGCUGCUUCACAUCGCUGAGCUGCGAACACAUCCGUUGACAGUGAGCUGUGUAACUGCAGACGUGCUUGUGUUGUGUGGUGUUUUGUCACUUCCCAGGCUGUGGAUGAGUGGCACAUUGUGCUCAGCGGCUGAAGGGCUGCGAAAAGAGCAUUUGCAGAUUUAAACAUUCAUGUGAGCACACAGAACGUAGUUUUCUAGACAUUUGUGUCCUUAUUGUCACUGCAGCUUUGUGCGGAUUCCCUUGAGAAGUUUCACUGGAAACCUUUGCUUUGGUCUUGUUUCUUAGAUUGUUGUGACCCUGUGAAUGUGUUGCUCUAUCUUUCUGUUUUAAUAAAGUUUUUUCUGAAGUUCUA